AGCCUCUCAAAGCCAGCAUUGACUCUAGAUGACCUCAUAGGAAAGGUGGAGAAGCCGGGCUUUGCCAUAUAAACAUGGCCCCUUCCCUGCUGUAACAGCCCUGAGCAGCCUCUGCCUCACAGCCACCUCCACCAUGAAGGCCAUCGGGGCUCUCCUCCUGCUCUGCAUGGUGACCUACUUCUGCAGCAGCUCAGAAGCUGCUAGUCUGCCUUUAAAGACUGUGGACUGCGACAUUUACAAGAAGUACCCAGUGGUGGCCAUCCCCUGCCCCAUCACCUACACGCCUGUCUGUGGUUCUGACUACAUCACCUAUGGGAACGAAUGCCUGUUGUGUACUGAGAUCUUGAAAACGUAUGGAAGGGUUCGCUUUCUUCAUGAAGGAAAAUGUUAACUCCUCCAUAGAUGUGGGUGUGGGGCGAUGACAUCCUCAGCGUCAUCUUCAUCGUCCUUGGACUCUGACGACCUUCUCCUUCAGCAUGGCAGAGAUUCAGGGGUGGGGGCAGGGGUGCAGUCAUCUGUGGGGGGACAGAGUGGAGAAAGUUGUUGUGUUUUCCUUCAAACUCGCACCUCCCUGACCGACUGGCUUCUCUUUGCAUCUCAUUAAAAGACCCCAGAGUGUUUAUCUUUA